AUGGAGGUGGCUGCUAAAGAACAACAGAAUCAAAUCAUAGAAAAGUGUGUUUUUGAGAUUUUCAAUUCUCAGGAAGCUCCACAAUUAGCUACGGUAUUGAAAGAAAUGAAAGAAGGAUUGGAUACAGUGAGGAGUAAAGUUCAAGCUUUAACUGCCAAGGUAAAAGCAAAUAAGGUUCCGACUGCGGAAGGGAUAAGCUACCUUGAAGCUAAACAUUUGCUUCUACUAAGUUAUUGCCAAUCGCUGGUUUUUUAUUUGCUACGCAAGGCAAAAGGUUUGUCAAUUGAGAAACAUCCUGUAGUUCGUAGCCUUGUGGAGAUAAGGUUGUUUUUGGAGAAGAUCCGGCCGAUUGAUAAAAAACUUGAAUAUCAAAUUCAAAAGCUCACAAGGGAUGCUGGUGCUGCAAGAGAUGAAGUAGGUGUGAGCGAAAAUGAAUCUAAGGCAUCUGAGAAAUCAGAGGAUAAGUUGAAAUAUAGACCAAACCCAGACUUGCUUGAAAGCAAAACUGAUUUGUUGACUCAGAAUGGUGGUAUGUAUCGACCACCCAAAAUUGCCCCCAUGAUUAUGGAGGAGGAUAAGAUGUCAAAACAGGAAAGAAAUGCUCUGAGAAGGCAGAAAGAGACUCUUCGACAAGCUAAACAGGGUUUUAUGAAAGAACUGAUAGAUGAUAUGGAGGAUAGACCUGCUGAGGUUAAAGAAUAUGCUGGACUCCAUAGUUGGGAAUCCCAAAGAUAUGUGGAACAGUUUGAAGAUCGUGCACAACAAGAAGAGGAGCUAUUUACACGGGUUCCUCUUACCAAAAUGGAGAAAAGGAAGCAGAAAGAUUUGAAGAAGUCAAGAAAUGGGUUGCUUGGUUUGACUGAUGGAUUCUAUGAUGAAAUCAAAACCUUACCCUUGAAUGAUGAUACAAAUGAGCAGACAGAAAGCUUCACUAAUGGUAGCAAUGCAAUGGGAAAACUAAAGAAGCGCAAGGGCAGUGGGUCUAAUAGAUUGAACUAUGAACAUUCAUUGAAUGUUGCCAUUUUAUCGCACUGGAAUGUAGAAUACUGGAUGGGAGGUCAUUUUGUGAUCCAAGAUGCAACAGGUCCUCCAGUUAAACAGACACUGCAAACACUAAUCACAGAAUAG